UAAACUCAAACUCGUACUGCGAGUCCAAAACCAUUGGGGGUUUGGCUGAUACCACUACUGGGCAGUGGGCACUGGGCACCCUUCCUUCGGGACAUACAUACAUACAUACAUAUACACAUAUCUACACCAACAAAAAGUUUCUUCCGCUUUGUGUAUUGGUUCGAGUGAAGCUAAUCUUUCGCUUGACGUCGGUGUUCUAUAUACUAGAAGAUAUGAGCAGCUGGAGGAGUUUGAUUUUGAGAAUCGGCGAGAAGUCCCCUGAAUAUGGCGGAACAAUCGACCACAAAGAUCACAUUGAUGCUUGCUUUGGUGCUGUUCGGCGGGAGCUUGAGCAUUCCGAAGACGAAAUUUUAACUUUUCUUCUUCAAUGUUCAGAGCAAUUGCCUCACAAAAUUCCUCUGUAUGGGACGCUGAUUGGGUUAUUGAACUUGGAAAAUGAGGACCUUGUCAAGAAAAUAUUGGAGACUACUCAAAAGAGUUUACAGGAUGCCCUUGACUCUGGAGAUUGCAACAAGAUCCGUAUAUCAAUGCGGUUUCUAACUGUUUUGAUGUGUAGCAAAGUGGUUCAACCAAGUUCACUAGUGGUGGUUUUUGAAACAUUAUUAUCUUGUGCUGCAACAAUAGUGGAUGAUGAGAAAGGAAACCCAUCUUGGCAAGCCCGUGCUGAUUUCUACAUAACCUGUAUUCUUUCAUGUCUUCCAUGGGGUGGAUCAGAACUUGUUGAGCAAAUUCCGGAAGAAAUUGAAAGAGUUAUGGUUGGUAUAGAAGCCUAUUUAAGCAUCAGAAGACGUGUUUCUGAUGUUGGUCUAUCCGUGUUUGAAAAUAUCAACAAAGAUAAACUUCAUGUUGAACAGGAUUUUGUGGAAGACUUGUGGGGUCGAAUCCAAGAUCUCUCCAAGAACAGCUGGAAACUUGAGAGUGUUCCAAGGCCACAUCUUUUAUAUGAAGCACAACUAGUUGCUGGAAAGUCUCAUGAUUUUGGAGCCAUCAGUUGUCCAGAGCAACCAGAUACCCCUGAGGCACUCACUGAAGUCAGUUUUGGUAGACAAAAACACGAGGCAGAAUUGAAAUAUCCUCAGAGGAUUCGCAGGCUAAAUAUAUUUUCUGCUAGCAAAACCGAGGAUGUACAACCUAUAGACCGCUUUGUAGUGGAAGAGUAUUUACUGGAUGUGCUCUUUUUCCUGAAUGGAUGUCGAAAGGAAUGUGCUGCAUGCAUGGUUGGCUUACCUGUCCCUUUCAGAUAUGAAUAUCUCAUGGCAGAGACUAUUUUUUCUCAGCUUCUUUUAUUGCCUCAGCCACCAUUCAAGCCCAUGUACUACACACUUGUGAUAAUAGACCUUUGUAAGUCUCUUCCAGGUGCCUUCCCUGCUGUUGUAGCUGGGGCUGUGCGUGCCCUUUUUGAUAGAAUAAGUGAGUUAGAUAUGGAGUGUAGGACACGCCUCAUCCUUUGGUUUUCACACCAUUUAUCAAACUUUCAAUUCAUUUGGCCAUGGGAAGAGUGGGCAUAUGUCUUGGAGCUUCCAAAAUGGGCCCCACAACGUGUAUUUGUCCAGGAAGUUCUCGAUAGGGAAGUCCGUUUAUCAUACUGGGAUAAAGUGAAACAGAGCAUUGAAAGUACUCCUGCUUUAGAGGAAUUACUACCACCAAAAGGUGGGCCUGACUUCAGAUACAGUUCAGAAGAUGAAGAUAAAACGGAAUAUAGCCUUUCAACAGAAGUGAAUGGUAUGGUAAAAGGAAGAAAAACUGCACGCGAUGUUAUUAUAUGGGUUGAAGAAAGUGUGAUCCCAGUGAAUGGAGUGGAAGUUGCAUUAAGAGUAGUUGUUCAGACACUUUUGGACAUCGGGUCAAAGAGUUUUACCCAUUUGAUUACGGUUUUGGAGAGAUAUGGACAAGUUAUUGCCAAAAUUUGUCCAAAUGAAGAAACACAAAUUAUGUUGAUAUCAGAAGUGGCUUCAUUUUGGAAAAACAGUGCUCAAACAACAGCCAUAACAAUCGACAGAAUGAUGGGUUAUCGCCUUAUUUCCAAUUUGGCCAUUGUCAAAUGGGUCUUCUCUCAGUCAAACCUCGACUUAUUUCACACCUCAGAUCGUUUGUGGGAGAUUCUGAGAAACGCGCUAAAUAAAACGUAUAAUCGGAUAUCUGAUUUAAGGAAAGAGAUUAUAAAUUUAAAAAAGAAUGUUGUAAAAGCGGAGCAAAGUGCAGCCAAGGCCAAAGCUGAGCUGGAUGCUGCAGAGACAAAGCUGAUGCUUGUGGAUGGUGAGCCUGUUGUUGGUGAAAACCCUGCAAGAAUGAAACGUUUGAAGUCAAAUGCUGCAACCACAAAAGAUGAUGAGCUCUCAAUUCGUGAAUCUCUAGAAUCCAAACAAGCUCUUUUUGCACGUGCUCUUGAAGAAAACCAGGCUUUGUUUAUGUCAUUGUAUAAAAAUUUUCGUGAUGUUUUGAUGGAACGACUUGAUGAUGCAUUUGGAGAGAAUGAGAAUCAUGAACAUCAAGCAAUGGCUGUUGAUGUUGAUGAAGAAGAUAAUGAGAAUCAGAAUCCUGCAAUGGAUAUGGAUAAAGAAAACGGGACCUCAAACUCAAAGAGAUAUACUACGAGUGAGAAACAAGAAUGGUGUUUGUCAACUUUGGGUUAUGUCAAGGCUUUUUCAAGGCAAUAUGCUUCUGAGAUAUGGCCACACAUGGAUAAGUUAGAGGAGGAAAUAGUAACAGAAACUGUUCAUCCUUUAUUCAAAAAAGCAGUUUAUUCCGGUUUGCGUGUACACAUUGAUGGCUGAUGAUUCUUGUUUUUUGUUUUUCCUUUUUUGGGUCAAACUUGUUUGUUAUACAGAUUUUGGUUGUACCAAAUUUAGUAUUUGAUUUAUGACAUGUUAUGUGGGAUUUGGUUGGGUUUGGUUGCUUCAACCACCACGUGGAAGUUGCCAUUUUUUUUUUAUGUUAUCUAUGAUGCAAUUUCUCACUA